AAUUAAUAAUUAUUGCACUUCGCACAAUAUACUUCUAUAAAUCCUUUAAAACGUUCAAGUGUUUCUAAAAUUCAGUAAUAUUAUAUAGUGAUUAUCGUUUCAGACCAUGUCUUCUUCUACUAAUGAGUCUGUACCUGGGUUAAAACAGAAAAAAGUGUUUAAAAUUAUUGUAUUGGGUGACUCUGGAGUAGGAAAAACAUGUUUAACUUUUCGCUUUUGUGAAGCAAAGUUUUUAGAUAAAUCAGAGGCAACUAUUGGGGUAGAUUUUAGAGAAAGAACAAUAAAGAUACGAAAUGAAGAUAUUAAGCUGCAAUUAUGGGAUACCGCUGGUCAAGAACGUUUUCGUAAAUCAAUGGUGCAGCAUUAUUACAGAAAUGUUCAUGCAGUGGUUAUUGUUUAUGAUAUCACCAAACCAGAAACAUUUCAUUCAAUAGCUAGUUGGAUGCAAGAAAUAGAAUCCCAUGGAUUGAUGGGUGCUCCUCGAGUCUUGGUUGGUAACAAGUGUGACUGUGGUACUCCAGAAUCACGGCUUGCCACCACAUAUGCUCAGCGGUUAGCUGACAAAUAUGGGAUGCCUCUUUUCGAGACAUCAGCACUAUUGGAUUCCGAGUGUGAUAAUGUGGAGUCAAUAUUUAUGACAUUAGCACACAAGUUAUACUCCAAACAGCCACUGCGAGUAGUUAGUGUAGAGGGUGAGCUUGGUCCUCGAAGAGUGACUUUAUCAAGACAAAAGCGUCCGAUGCGAAAUGAUACAUGUUUGUGUAGCUAGUGAGUGAAAACAAGGUUUUGAAGGUACCAUUAAUGUAUUAUUACUGUAAUGACCGGCUUGAUGGCAGUAUUCAUGUACAGUAAUAAUACAUAUGAGGAAUUAUACAUGUUUUCUCGGGUAAACUACUGUUAAUGUAAAAUUGCCAAAUGUUAAAGAAUAGUCUUGCCAAAUGUGUUUAUAAGACUCAUAGAAACGGUUUUAAAAUAGUUUUUAUAAGUGACAGAGAUUAUUUGUAUAUUUUGUUAGUAUUUUCAGACGCUAGAGAUUAAAUCGAGUUAAUUGUAAGUAAUAAAUAUUGUGCCAAAUUGGUAUAUAAUUAAGUAUUUAUUGUUUGGAUAAUGGAAUAAUUCCAAUGUCAAUGGCAAGAAAUUACUCUUUGCAAAUAUUUGUAAGUUUAAAGUAUUGUUAGCAUUUAUGAGGCAGCUUUCUGUGUUGUUAUAUUUUUUUGUAAUAAUUAAGCGAUUGUCUGAUAUAUUUUUUUAUGUUAAUGUCGCCAGUUGUAUUUACUAUAAUUUUUCAGUAUAACCAGUAUAUGAAUGUCAGUAUAUAAUGAAAAAAAUAUCAGAAGUUUAUCAAAGUAUUACAGUGUGUCGCACACAUGAUAAAACUACUGUCAUUUAAAAUAUUUUUAGAAUUAAACAAGAACUAUACAAAAUCUUUAUAGAGGCUACAUUUUAUUUGCUUAACUGAUAUUAUACUAGAAAAUAAUAUUUUUGAUCUCUUCUAAUUAAUUUUAUAUUUUAGCCAUAAGAUUAAUAUACCCCUUCUAAAAUAUAUACAUUUAAUUAGGGUCUGUCCCAAAGAGUUUGUCUGAGUAUCAUCCGGUUAUUAUUAUUAAGUAUAUAGAAAUCCGGCUGCGGGAUUAGUGUGUUCAUCGGUUCAAGAUAGAGUGAAAUAGUGUUAAAUGUAUCUUUAUUUCCGUAACUCUUACAAAUACAUCUGAAUUAUCAGAGCUAUCCUUUUCAUCGCUAUCAAAUAUUACAAUCGUCGUCAUUUUUGGAAGAUCGCUAUCCUUGUCUGACCAAUGAUGUUAGGCAUUAACUCUCUUUCACUCUAACUUAAAUAUUUAUCAUCUUUCACAGUCAGUCACCCAUCUGCGGCCAUAUUUAGGCAACCAAAUAUGAUAAUAUUAAAAGCUUUACUUGAAUAUAUAAUUGUUAAUAUUGGGAUAUAGACGAUAUUUUAUUUAAAAAUAAGUUAACUUCUUUU